AUGGCUAAACCUUUAAAUGCAGUUUUGGGCACAUUCUUCUUUUAAUUCUGGAUCUUAUUUAUGGGAUUAGCAGGCUACAUGUUUUACAGAUUGAUUGCUUAUAGAGAAUCUUGGAAUAUUGCCCUAUUUGUUGUGACUAUGAUUUUGCAAUUGAAGUAUGGAAAGUCAGAAGCCUUCAUAAAAUUUUAACUAUGGUUUAAUAUCAUGGAAUGGUUUGACAAGAGAGAAAUAGUGGAAAUGGAGAAACCCAAAAAAAACAAUUCAAUGUUUUGCUUCCAUCCACACGGCAUAUACAGUAUGGGAAUGGUUCAUAAUUUGUAUACGAAGAAUACCUUCUUUGAAAAUUUAAUUGUAUUGAGUUCACGAUUCGCAUUAUCAAUACCAUUUUCGGGACUCCUCCUAACACUAUUUGGAUUGGAAGGAGUGCAUCCAGAGAAUCUCACUAAGUUGUUGAAGAAGGGAUCGAAUGUAGGCAUAAUGGUGGGAGGUUUCGAGGAGGCCACACUCACUAAAUAUGGAGAAAAUAGGGUUUACAUAAAGGAGAGAAAGGGCUUCAUAAAGUAUGCACUGAGAUACGGGACUACAAUCUACCCUGUGUUUACGUUUGGUGAAAAUAAUAUGUUUUAUACUUACAACGGGUUUUAAUCUUUGAGACUUUGGCUUAACAAAUUUAAGUUGAUUGGGACCAUCUAUUGGAGCAGAUUCUUCACAGUGCCUGAACCUAACAUUGAGAUGAUAACAGUUUGUGGUAAAGGAAUAGAAUUGCCUAAGAUUGAGAAUCCAUCAAAAGAAGAUGUGGAUAAAUAUCACCAAAUUUAUAUCCAGGGAUUGAAGGAGUUAUAUGAUACUUAUGCUCCAAAAUACGCGCCAAAAGUACCAUUAUAGAUUUAUUGAAAAUAUAUUGUUUAUGUUUAUGAUAAGUUGAUAUAAUUUGAUUUAA